UGUGCGACAGAUUAGGGCUACCUAAACACUGGGCCAUCGACCGGGAGAAUACUAAAUCUGUCCUAGUCAGACCUGAGUCGCUGCUUGGACCAGCAUUUCCGCAGCAGAAAGCGGAACGAGAACAGGAGAUAUUUGAUAACAUUUCAGCCUUCGACAGAAAUCAGAAGAAGCGGAAGCAUGGGGGUUUAUGAAGAGAAAAAGGAAACAUGUGGAACCAUCUGCCUGAAGUACCURCUGUUUACCUUCAAUUUUCUCUUUUGGUUGGCAGGAGGAGUUGUGAUAGCGGUGGGUGUUUGGACCUUAGUUGAGAAGAGCGACUACAUCAGCCUUCUCUCCUCCAAGACCUACGCUGCCUCUGCCUACAUACUGGUCCUGGCUGGAGUCAUCGUCAUGGUAACUGGCGUGCUGGGAUGCUGUGCCACUUUCAAAGAGCAGAAAAAGCUGCUGCGAGUGUACUUUGUCCUGCUUCUGUGUAUCUUCCUGUUGGAGAUCCUUGCUGGCAUCCUGGCUUGUAUCUACUAUCAGCAGCUAAAUGAGGAGCUGAAGCAGAAUCUGAAGAACACCAUGGUCAAGAAGUAUAGAGAAGAGAAAGAAAAUGAACAUAUCACCAGGGCUGUAGACAAGCUGCAGCAAGAGUUUAAGUGCUGUGGGAGCCACAACUCAUCCGACUGGGCAGAGAGCUCGUGGAUUCGCUCGGUCUUUUCUGAAGGCAGGGUCGUUCCUGACAGCUGCUGUAAGACUGUGUUAGACUUGUGCGGCAGAAGAAACCACCCAUCCAACAUCUACAAGGUGGAGGGGGGCUGCAUCACUAAACUGGAGAAUUUCAUCCUGGACCAUCUGAAGAUUAUUGGAGCUGUGGGCAUUGGGAUUGCUUGUGUACAGAUCUUUGGAAUGGUGUUUACAUGCUGCCUUUAUCGAAGUCUAAAGGCAGAGCCGUACUAAAAAAGGCAGAAGAAGAAAAGAGUGUGGGUGAAGGAGGUAACCUCAUCAUGACAAGCUCGUACCAAAUGAUUCAUCUCGUAGCCUUACACGUUGGGUUGAAAAAAAAAAACAUGGUGAAGGAGGAAUGUAAUUGUACAUCUAAGGAUCACAUUUCAUAAAAAAAGAAUGGAAAAAAAACAUUACAAAGGUUCAUUUUUAAAGUAAUUAGGCCCUCGGAUUGCAACACAGCUACAUCUUCAAGAUCACAGCACGGUGAGAAAAGGCCUCAACGAGGAGCUGAUGGGAAUUUUAACACAGCUUGUUUAAGUUAGUGUAGAAUAGCCUCUUUCUAAGCAUUGUAGUUGUCCUCGGCACCGGCCCCAACAAUGACUGAACCAGUUCUGAGGAGAUGAGUAAAAGUGUCCAUUCUGUUCACCACAUUUUCUGUUCGAACUCUGGAGCAGCUGUUCAAUUUCAGCAAGCCUUUGUAUGCCCACACUAACCACCAAGCUUUAGAAUUCAAGCCUGUUCAUGAAGAGGCCUUUUUAAAUUUUUAUAUUUUGUAAAUGAUCAUUUCCUGGAACACCCGAGGUGCCUUUUUUUUUCAAAGGUACYCAUUGCUAAGAAUGAAAUGAAACACAAAAAAGGUUAUCCUGAGGUUAACUCAAUGGUGCAGGUUGAAAGUGUUUACUUAAAUACUUUAUCAGAUAUAUUUAAGGCAGGUCUGAAAUGCGGGUCCAUGUUCAAUGUAAACAAAGCACUCUGCUGAAUAUGCCAUAAACGUGUGGAUGUUUGAGUCACAUGAUUGACCUACAUUAGUCUGUAGGUUAAUUAAUAUGAUUGAAUCAGACAAGCAUGGACCAGUAAGUUUAAUGUUUGAUCCCUUUUUUUAGUUACUUUGGCUCUUUCUGUAGGCAAACAAACACACGUAAUUGUUGUUUUUUUAUUAGUUUCGACAUGACUUUGCAAUGAGUACCUUUAAAGUCAUUUUUGAAGUGUACAGCUUUAUUAUUGUCACAUCUUUUCUCACCAGCAUAUUGAUUAUGUAGAAGAAUUCAUUUAUAAACCUAAAAACCCAUUUAAAAAACAGGCCCUCCUAUAGUUAACGACUAAUCUGGCCUGUACGAAACUCACACCCUUUUCUUUACAUUGACUUAUCUAUUAGUGUCACAACUGAUAAGAAACUAACUACUGAUAACUUUUUGAACUGGAUUAUCACUUUAGUUGGUAGUAUUUUUUUUAGUUUUUAUUGCAUUAAGUGUCUUGUUUAUUCAACUUGGAUAUACGUUUACCUAAAUCUUAUCACCUUUAUAUUGCUUAUAUUAUAUAUGGGGAGAUUUUAAUUAACGUAUUCAUAUAAUUGUGUUAUACAAUCAGUGUCAUCACAAGAAACAGCUUUUUUAUCAAGUUUUUAUACACCAGUGCCAAAGUUUGUUCUUGUCAGAUUAAACCUGCUGUACCACCUCAUCCGGACGCCAUUGCAUAUCUACUGUAUUGAUCCUUUUACAUUGUCUUUCUUAAAUUAUUAGUUUGCUCACUGUUGAAUAGAAGUUUUUAACACUCUACUAGUAGGAAUUAAUAUUCACACCUUGUUAGAAAUUAUUCUUUCUAAUUUGCAUAACGAACAGCAAUAAAAUAAUUGUAUUUUUUGUUAGCUUUUAGUUUGAAUAAACAUUGAACCAUC